AUGCUGUCGACGGCGUCGCCCGAGGCGGUGCCAGCCCGGGCGACAGACGACUUGUGGACGCGUCCGCUGGUGGCGCCCAAAGAUCCUCUCGAGAGCGUGCGACACGCGCUGGGCGCAGAGGAGCACCUUAUCCGCGUCAAUGACGUCAACGCCCGCGAGACGUACAACGUGACGCUCUCGCGCACGAUGCCGUAUGCAUCGCCGAGCAUUCUUCCGGCGGAUGCCAAAGAGGCGCUUCCACACGUCUCUACGAUCACGCCGCCGCCCUCGCGGCGCCGCUUUGCGCGCUGGAUGCGCGUGAAUGACGACGACCCUGACAUGCAGUCGCCGGGCGCGGGCCUCGUGCCCCUGUCGCACGCCACGCCGUCGCCACUGCAGCAGAGAACGUGCAUGGAGCCGGCGCACGGGUCACUGGGAUCUCCCGGCACGAAUGCGCCGACGCCGCCGCUCUCUGCGCCGACGCCGCCGCCCCUCGGCACGAGCGUAGCGCCCGCGUCACCCCCCGAUACCCCCCACGGCGCCGCGCCGCCGCUCGCCAAUGUCGGGCAGAUGCUCGGCCCGCGAACGCAGCGUCCGUCGCUGCAGGUCGCUACACAAGAACCCGCGAGUGGCCCCGCGGACGUGUCGGUGAUGGGCGAUGCUGGCCACUCGCCCCCCGCCACGAGCGUGGCGCCGGACGAGGGGGCGGUGCGCGACCCUGUGCCUGCGCCCUUGGCCGGCGCGCAGACGUCGGCGGAGCCGGUGGCGGACCGCACGUUUGACGAGGAGAUGGCCGAUAUUGCCGAUGCGCUGCGCAGGUCGUGGCGGGCCAAGGAGCAGGGGCACGACGCGCGCCCCGAGGCGCCGCGCGUACUCAAAGGCAACCUGAUUGGGGAGGGGCAUGCGAACUACGUGCUCAUGUACCAUAUGCUAACGGGCAUCCGCAUUGCCGUCUCCCGCAGCGAGGGCCGAGCGGCCGCGCCGAUCACAGCCGCCGACUUUCACACGAAGUGCAAGUUCACGUUUGACAUCAUCGGGAACGAGCUUACGCCGUCGUCCAACUACGACUUCAAGUUCAAGGACUAUGCGCCGGCUGUCUUUCGUGAGCUGCGGCGGCACUUUCAGCUGGACACCGGCGACUACCUGCUGUCGCUGGCGGCCAAGUACAUUCUGUCGGAGCUCGGGUCGCCCGGCAAGAGCGGCUCGUUCUUCUACUUCUCGCACGACUACCGCUUCAUCAUCAAGACGAUCCGGCACGGCGAGCACAAGCUGUUCUUGCGGUUCCUGCAGGCGUACUACGAGCACGUGCAGGCGAAUCCCCAGACGCUGCUGAGCCAGUUCUACGGGCUGCACCGCGUCAAGCUGCCGGGACGGCGCAAGAUCCACUUUGUGAUUAUGAACAACCUGUUUCCGCCGCACCGCGACGUGCACGAGGUGUACGACCUCAAAGGUUCGACCGUGUCGCGCGAGCAAACGUCGGCCAAGCCGAGCGCCGUGCUCAAGGACAUCAACUGGCUCAAGCGCGGGCGCACCAUCGAGCUGGGGCCCACGAAGCGCGCGCUCUUUGAGCAGCAGCUGCGUCGCGACGUGGCGCUGCUGCAGCGCCUGCGCAUCAUGGACUACUCGCUGCUCAUCGGCCUGCAUGACCUGUCGCUCGGCAACGAGGGCCACCCGUCGCCGGUCGACCAUGCGCGGCCCAUGCUGCGGCGCCCAUCGAUGAUCGUGUCGCCGGUCGAGGGCCCGAAGGAUCUGUCGCUGCCGUCGCCGCAGCUGCGCGGCGACGCGGAUGCCACGCCCCACUUUGUUGUGUCGCACGAGUCGGCACCCGACAUGAGCUUUGCACGGCGCCCCUCCGACAUACUCAAUGUCUUCUACCGCGACGAGGGCGGCUUCCGCGCGACGGACGAGCACGACCGCCCGCUGAAUACGCUCUACUACAUGGGCAUCAUUGACAUUUUUACCCUGUACAAUGCCGUCAAGCGCUCCGAGCACGUGUGGAAGGGGCUCAGACACAACCGGCACGCCAUCAGCCCGGUCCCCCCCCGCGAGUACGGCGAGCGCUUCGUCCAGUUCCUCCUGCGGCGUCCUACGCGCGACUCGCGUCCGUAG